AUGGGAAUACUGGGAAGGAUUAGAACGUUUUGUGUGUGCCGAUCGUGGAAGGAAUGAGAUAAACUCACUUCAGAGCAGGAGAAUUCUGAAAUUAAACCUUAAAUCGGGCUUUACUACAGAUAAUCAACUCCACCUUGCGCCAUGCCGCGAAUUAUAAUCAAAGGAGGAGUGUGGAGAAACACUGAGGAUGAAAUUCUAAAGGCUGCUGUCAUGAAAUAUGGAAAGAACCAGUGGUCCAGGAUCGCGUCUUUGUUGCAUCGAAAGUCAGCCAAGCAGUGCAAAGCUAGAUGGUAUGAAUGGUUGGACCCCAGCAUUAAGAAGACCGAGUGGAGUCGUGAAGAAGAUGAAAAGCUGCUUCAUUUAGCAAAGCUGAUGCCAACGCAGUGGAGAACUAUUGCUCCUCUUAUUGGUCGUACAGCAUCACAGUGCUUGGAACGUUACGAGUUCCUUUUAGAUCAAGCCCAAGCUAAAGAAGGUGAGAAAGAUGAGGGUGAUGACCCACGCAAACUUCGCCCAGGAGAAAUUGAUCCCAAUCCUGAGACAAAGCCAGCAAGACCUGACCCUAUUGAUAUGGAUGAGGAUGACGACUGGCUGCCUUGCAGAAGAGGAGGGAACUGAGAGCUGCUGGAAUAGAAAUAAGAAAACACAGAAAGAAAAAGAGAGGGGUGGAUUACAAUGCUGAGAUACCAUUUGAGAAGAAACCAGCUCAAGGUUUUUAUGAUACAGCUGAAGAGGAGCUACCUGACUAUCAGCCAGAUUUCAAAAAGCUUCGCCAGGAUCACCUGGAUGGUAAAAUGAGGGAUGAUGUUGAGCAGCAAGAAAGAAAAAAAGAUAAAGAAAGGAUGAAAAAGAGAAAAGAGACAGACCUUCCAGGAGCUGUGAUGCAAAUUAACAAACUUAAUGAUCCAGACUCAGUGAAGAAACGUAGCAAACUUGUUCUUCCCAAACCUCAGAUAUCUGAUACAGAACUGGAGGAGAUUGUGAAGAUGGGCCAGGCAAGUGAGACAGCUCGGUUAUCAGUGGAAGACAAUAACAUGGCGUCCAAUGCCCUUCUGAGCGAAUAUUCAGUUACUCCUGCGGCAGCUCAUGCUCUUCGGACUCCUCGAACACCUGCUGAACAAGAUACAAUUCUACAGGAAGCCCAGAACAUCCUUGCUUUAUCUAAUGUGGACACUCCUUUAAAAGGGGGUAUGAACACGCCCCUGACUCAGAGUGACUUUGAGGGCGUUACCCCAAAACACCAAGCCAUUCAGACACCAAACAUGAUGCUAGCGACACCAUACAGGACACCUCAGGGAGAAAGUGGAGGCGUCACUCCACGUAGCAUGGCUGGUACCCCGCACAGGGGAAGCUCAGCCACUCCUGGGCGUGCGUCUGUGAGAGAUAAACUGAAUAUUAAUCCAGAAGAGUCGCUAGAGGAGUAUGAAGCAGGCUAUGGAGCCAAAGAACAACAGGAAGAACUGAAGGCUCAGUUGAGAGCGGGUUUAGCAUCACUCCCAGCACCUUCUAAUGACUUUGAGAUUGUAUUACCAGAGACCGCUGAGGGAGAAGACGAAGAGGCCACAGAUAAUGGCUUUGUUGAAGAUGCAGCUGAUGUCGAUGCCAGAAAAAUGGCCAUGAAAGCUGCCGAAGAACUUAGAGAGUUAAAACGGCGGUCCCAGGCCGUACAGCGGGACAUGCCACGCCCCUCGAAUGUUAACGCUACUGUUCUAAGGCCGGCCAAUGUUGAACCGCCCCUCACAGGACUACAGCAGGCGGAAGAACUCAUCAAGCGAGAGAUGGUGACCAUGAUUCGACAUGACAUCGUCAGUCACCCAACAGCUCUACAGAUCGAAAACUUGACCCACAAGAAAUCCAAGAAUUCUGCCCAGGCUGUGAUAGCAGCAAAUCAAGCCGCUCUUCAAAAUGAGCCCCUGGAAUCGUUCUCAGAGAAAGAGAUCGGUAACGCAAAGGAGCUUCUGGCGAAGGAAAUGGAAUUCGUCAAGUCCAAAAUGGCUCACGGAGAUCUGCCUAUUGAGAGCUACACUAAAGUGUGGGAAGAAUGCUAUGCUCAGGUUUUGUUUUUGCCGACACAGCAGCGAUACACAAGAGCUGCUUUAGCCAGCAAGAAGGACAGACUGGAAUCCUUGGAGAAAAGACUUGAGAUGAACCGAACACACAUGACUGAAGACGCGAAACGAGCGGCCAAAAUUGAAAAGAAACUGAAAGUUCUUCUAGGUGGCUACCAGACCCGAGCUGUAGGUCUGACGAAGCAGAUUAAUGAUCUUUACGAACAAGUUGAACAGGCUCACAUGGAGAAAGAGACUUUCAGUUCUCUGAGAGAUUACGAACUAAGAGCCAUUCCAAAGAGAGUUGAGGCUCUGAGAGAUGAUGUGAGAAGACAAACCGAUCGUGAAAAUCAACUUCAAUCUCGUUAUUCCAAUCUUCUGUAUGAACGAGGCGCGACCUACAGUCAGAUGCAACACCGCUAAAAAUCUACUCUUCCUCUUUCGUCGUCUUCAGGAUGCCUUAAUGUUGAAAAUUUUAAUACAUCUCAAAACGCAAGAAAAAAAAAAAAAAAAACCGGACAUUAAUUUACUCUUGCAAAUAAUCGACUUGAAGAUUUCUAUCCAAAGAAACUUUGUUGUCAUCGAAAAUCUGUCCCUUGGAAAUUCUCGUCACACUGAAAAAGAUGGCAAGGUUUGUUUGUCGAGCUGUAACCUCAUAGUUCAUUUUCAUCGAAUUGUACAGCGAUCGGGUGGGAACACUAGAAAUCUGACCUCGUACUACUGUUGUGACUAGACCAAAAGUUGUUUGGAAUAAAACAGUUGUUUAUUAA